AUGACCCUUUCCGAGAUUCAAAACCUUCCACAGCAAAAUCAGGUAAGUAGUGAGCACACAACGAUGCUCCAACAAUGACAUGGCUCUUUUGAGCUCAAGUCAUAUGUUUUUGACCAAAUUGAAUGAAUUUUAUUCAGCUUGCGGCAAAGGAAUUGUUGAAUGGUAAAUCGGAGCACGAAACAAAUGAGACAAAUGUUGUUCAAGAGGUAAAUAAAAAACAAAACAGAAAAUCUAAACGAAUAUCUUCUAGGAAAACAAAAUUCAUCCAAUGGAUGCCAAUGAACCACUUCUCCAAGAUUUGGACAAUCGAUUCGUUAUUUUCCCACUCAAACAUCAUACAAUUUGGGAGUUUUACAAGAAGGCUGUUGCAUCAUUCUGGACUGUUGAAGAAGUUGAUUUGGGAAAAGAUAUGAAAGAUUGGGAAAAAAUGAACGGAGAUGAACAAUUCUUUGUUUCUCGUGUUUUGGCAUUUUUCGCUGCUUCUGAUGGAAUUGUCAAUGAAAACUUGGUGAGUUUCUGAAAGAUCUUAAUCAAAUAAACCAACAACUCAUGUUUUUAGUGCGAAAGAUUCUCGAAUGAAGUCAAAGUCUCAGAAGCUCGAUUCUUUUAUGGAUUCCAAAUUGCAAUUGAAAACAUUCAUUCAGAAAUGUAUUCAAAAUUGAUUGAAACUUAUAUUCGCGAUGAACAAGAAAGACAUUCACUUUUCAAUGCAAUUUUCGAAUUCGAAUUCAUCAAAAAGAAGGCUGAUUGGGCAUUGAAAUGGAUUUCUGAUAAAAAUGCAUCAUUUGCUGAAAGAUUAAUUGCAUUUGCUGCCGUCGAAGGAAUAUUCUUUUCCGGCUCAUUUGCCUCAAUUUUCUGGUUGAAAAAGAGAGGAUUGAUGCCAGGAUUGACUCAUUCAAAUGAGCUCAUUUCAAGAGACGAAGGACUUCACCGUGAUUUCGCUUGUCUUUUGUAUUCGAUGCUUCAAAAUAAGUUGAGCCAAGAACGAAUCUAUGAAAUUAUCAAAGAUGCCGUCUCAAUCGAACAAGAAUUCUUGACUGAGGCUUUGCCUGUUGAUAUGAUUGGUAUGAAUUGUCGACUUAUGUCACAAUAUAUCGAAUUUGUUGCUGAUCAUUUGUUGGUGGAAUUGGGAUGUGACAGAGUGAGUUUUGAAACAACUUUUUAUUUUUAUUCGUAAAAAACUACUGAAUGAAUAAAAAACAUUGAAAUUUUUCAGCUCUACAACAAGAAGAAUCCAUUCGAUUUCAUGGAAAAUAUAUCAAUCGACGGAAAAACAAAUUUCUUCGAGAAACGUGUUUCCGAAUAUCAAAGACCUGGUGUUAUGACAAAAGAAUCUGAACGUCAAUUUGAUCUCGAAGCUGACUUCUAA